UUAACUUCCUGUUUUACUGGGUAUGUUCAACAAAAAGUAUGGCAGCUCUCUUACAUUAUAUUGUUUUUCUAUCAGCUCUAGUCCAAGGAUCAGAGUCCAGCAUUGAGACUCUGAAACGGUUUGUGCUGAAGGGAGAAAAUGUUCGUCUGGACGUCCAGGGAUAUGCUAAACUAAAUAAUAUUGAGGAUUUAAAGUGGACUUUUAACAAAUCUCACACUUUAGUAAAAUACUCCAAUGAAUCAUCAACAGUGAAAGUAUACACUAAAUACCAAGGCAGGGUUGAGUUUAGUGAGGCAAACUUCUCUCUAGUACUGAAGAACCUACAGGAAGGAGACAGUGGUCUUUAUGACGCAGGAGUGAGUGGUGAAGAAAACAAAGAUGUUGCCAAGUACCAGAUAUCAGUUCAAGAGAGAGUUGAGCCUCCAGUCCUGACAGUGGACUCUGUCUCCUCCAUCAAUGGCACCUGUAACAUGACUGUGACUUGCAGAGGUCAGAACAUCUCUGUCACCUCCAGCUGUAACAGCAACACCUGCUCUCAGGUGGGAGGAGAGAGUAGAGGGCCUGAGACCUCCACUGUCCCCCUGCUCUCUGUCUAUGUGGCAGGGGGUUCCAUCAUCUGUAACCACAGCAACCAAGUCAGCUGGGCCCCUAACAUGAAGGAGAUCGAAACGAUUUGUGCAUCCAAUUCUAUACCAGUGCGGGACAAAGAGAACCAAAACUACAAUGUCGGCAUCAUCAUCAUCAUCAUCAUCAUCAUCAUCAUCAUCAUCAUCUUCGUUGGAUGUGUCCUGAUUGCUUGGCAGAAGCUGAAUAAAGGUUACAAAGAGGAUAGUAUAAACACAGAGUAUGCUACUGUCAGGACUCCAGGUAACAGUCAUGUAGGUGGUGAAGAGCAGGAAUCUCCAGGUCCAGCAUUACCCUCCAUCUACAGUAUGGUGGGACUACCCCAACCCCAGCUGUGUGAACUACCCCAACCCCAGCUGUGUGAACUACCCCAACCCCAGCUGUGUGAACUACCCCAACCCCAGCUGUGUGAACUACCCCAACCCCAGCUGUGUGAACUACCCCAACCCCAGCUGUGUGAACUACCCCAACCCCAGCUGUGUGAACUACCCCAACCCCAGCUGUGUGAACUACCCCAACCCCAGCUGUGUGAACUACCCCAACCCCAGCUGUGUGAACUACCCCAACCCCAGCUGUGUGAACUACCCCACCAUGGUGGGAGACGGAAAUCAUCUGUAAAUGGUGCCUAGAUGACAAUGUUUGAUCGCAUUGAAUUCUUUAAAUUGAAAGGCAGUUUUCUCAAGUUUAUGGAGACUGCAUUCACAGUAAACGCUGUGUCAUGUUUCGGAUCGAUCAGAAAUUACCUUUACAUUUCAGUUGUACUAUAACUCAGAUCUUCCGUGGUCCGGAUUGAAUCUAGCCCUUACUCUCAAUAGCUCUGUUUAUAACUGGUUCUCACAUGUGUCCUUUGUCCUGGUCUUGUCCACUUUCUGAUUUUCUACACCUGUCUAAAAUGGUGGACACAAUCAAAAGUCAAAUUGAGAUCUGAUUGGGAUCUUCCUGCUCACCUCCGGAGGUAGUCAGCCACGCAUUGUCUGGAUGUAUUGCGAGUGUAGACGGAAUCUGGACAGUUAAACUUUUUAAAUCAUAAUUAUCCUGCCCUCUCAAACAUUUACAGGUUGCACAAUUGACUUAUGGUAUCAAUGGUGGUGUUGGAGGGCCAGAAGGAGGCCCUCUGGACUACAGAUCUCCUCCCAAUACCCCAGGACAGUGAUGAGGACAUCACCCCGAGUAGAGUGCAGUCUUCUGGAUGGAAUGUUAAAUGGGUGUCCUGACUCUCUGUGGUCAUUAAAAAUCACAUGGCACUUAUUGCAAUCCGCCAAACCCAUAAUUCAUCCGUUGGACUGCUAGAUGGUGAAGUGUGAGUCAUCACUCCAGUGAACUCAUUUCCACUGCUCCAGAGUCCAAUGGCAGUAUGCUUUACUCCACUCCAGCCGAUGCUUGGCAUUGUGCAUGGUGAUAUUACGCUCGUGUGCAGUGAUGGAAAAAGUACCCAAUUGUCAUACUUGAGUAAAAGUAUAGAUACCUUAAUAGUUACUCAAGUAAAAGUGAAAGUAAGCCAGUAAAAUACUACUUGAGUAAAAUUCUAAAAGUAUUUGGUACUAAAUAUACUUAAGUAUACAAAGUAAAAGUAUAAAUCACUUGAAAUUCAUUCUAUUAUUAAGCAAACCAGACGGCACCAUUUUCUUGUUGAGGCACGCUCCAACACUCAGACAUCAUUUUCAAAUGAUGCAUUUGUGUUUAGUGAGUUCACCAGAUCAGAGGCAGUAGGGAUGACCACGUGUUCUCUCAAUACGUUCGUGAAUUGGACCAUUUUCCCGUCCUGCUAACCAUUCAAAAUGUAACAAGUACUUUUGUGUGUCAAGUAUUUUCUUUAUGAAUAUAGUGUCGUGUGCAGGUCCUCGGCCAUGGAAACCCAUUUCAUGAAGGUCCCCUGACAAACAGUUCUUGUGCUGAAGUUGCUUCCAGAGACAGUUUUGAACUCGGUAGGAAGCGGUACACGCUUCAGCACGCAGCGGUCCCGUUCUGUCAGCUUGUGUGGUAUACCACUUCGAGGCUGUGACGUUGUUGCUCCUAGACGUUUCCACUUCACAAUAACACCCCUUACAGUUGACGGUCCCGUUCUGUCACCCUGAUGAAGACAGCUUGGCUGUCGAAACGUUGGUAUUACAUUUUUGCAUCUGAGCUCCUAGAGUGUGCAGCUCUCCUUUAUUUUCAAGUUUCUACUCCGCUAGCCAGCACCUCGCCUUAAUAGGUGUGCGUUUCUUGUUCUUCUAGCUUGUGUGGCAUACCACUUUGCGGCUGAGCAGUUGUUGCUCCUAGAUGUUUCCACUUCACAAUAACACCCCUUACAGUUGACCAGGGCACCUCUAGCAGGUCAGAAAUUUGACGAACUGACUUGUUGGAAAGUUGGCAUCCUAUAGACAGUGUCACGUUUUUUUUAUUUAUUUGUAUUUGCUUUUUAAUAUUUGCUGCUUUAAUCAUUUUAUCACAUUUCAUUAACCUGGUUGACUUAGCGUCUGCUGGUUCUGCAUGGAUAAUAUCUGUGAACAGAUCUGGUGCUUUAGAUGAGAUGGGGGCUUCUGCAUUUAUUUUCUUUAUUUCACCUUUAUUUAACCAGGUAGGCUAGUUGAGAAAAAGUUCUCAUUUACAACUGCGACCUGGCCAAGAUAAAGCAAAGCAGUGUGACACAGACAACAACACAGAGUUACACAUGGAAAAACAUGGAAUAAACAAUAAACAAGUCAAAGACACAGAAGAAAAAAAGAAAGUCAUUGUAGAGAAGAAUUACAAUUAGGCAGAUUGACACUGGAGCGAUAAAUGAGCAGAUGAUGAUGUGCAAGUCCUGGUGUGCAAAAGAGCAGAAAAGUAAAUAUAAACAAUAUGGGGAUGAGGUAGGUAGAUUGGGUGGGCUAUUUACAGAUGUACAGCUGCAGCGAUCGGUUAGCUGCUCAGAUAGCUGAUAUUUAAAGUUUGUGAGGGAAAUAUAAGUCUCCAGCUUCAGCGAUUUUUGCAAUUCAUUCCAGUCACUGGCAGCAGAGAACUGGAAGGAAAGGCGGCCAAAUGAGGUGUUGGCGUUAGGGAUGAUCAGUGCUGGAGGGAGGGAGGGAGGGAAAAGUGUUUCAGGACAGGAAAAAGCACUGACACACACUUCUAAGUUGCAUUCCAACUAGCACCCUAUUUCUUAUGUAGUACACUACUUUUGACCCUGACCCUUGUUAAAAGUAGUGCACUAUAAAGGGAACAGCCCUGACCAGGUGUAGCGUAGCCUUGGUAGCCUAGGUCCUGAGCGGGCUGCUGCCGUCUAUGAUGUGAUAGAAGGUGAGGGGGGAGGAUGAGGAAGGGGCUGUCGCUGGACAUGUCCACCUGGAAGGGAACGUUCCAUCACAUUCACUAGGGGGUCACGUUGGGAGUGCGUCCCAAUUGGCUCCCUAUUGCCCUCAAGGGGAAAUUUGUCUGGGACACGAUGAGGUAAAUCCCAUUUACAGGAGAAUGUUUUGUUCGUAGUUGGUUGGUAAGAACCUGAUGUCACAAUGUAAUUGUUGGCAAAAGACACAAAAAGACUACACUGGCAGUUAAGGACACACACACACACACACACACAGAGAGGCAGUUAGUCUCCAUCCUCUCACCCAGCAGAGCUCCUUGCACAAACGCCACCAGAUACCACAGAAUCCUGAACAGGAACCAGGCCCCCAUGAAGGUAAGCCUGGGGAGGAAGAACUUCUAAUGCCACUGCAUAACCAGGAAGGUCUUCCAGAGGUCGCACAGGUACAGGGCCGACCGCCCACUGAUGUGCUCAAUGAGUAUGUUAAUGCAUCCAUCCUUAGACAGAACACGCCUCCUCCGAGUCCCGCCCCCACCGGGGCACUCUGUAGGGCUGCCUGCCCCCCAAUAGGGGCUUUAGAACGUCUGUCUGUGUUUGGAACUGACACCUUCUGAGGGGAGGAGCUUUGGGAAGAAGGAGUGUAGCAGAUGUCAUCUGUCAGUAAAACAGGAAGGAAGGAGAGAGACAUUAGGCAACGUCGUUGCCACAGUAACAAGGCAUGAAAUAUGAAUGUGUUUGAGCCAAUCAGUUGUGUUGUGACAAGGUAGGUGUAGUAUACAGACGAUUGGUAAAACAUGAUGUAUUCACUAUUGUUCUACAAUGUGGAAAAUAGUAAAAAAUAAAGAAAAACCUUUGAAUGAG